AUGACAACGAGGGGCUUGCGAUCGGUCUUCAAGGCGACCGCGUUGCUUGCUGUUGUCUUCCUCCUGAUAGCCGGCUUUGGGUUUUUCGACUAUGGCGAUUCCCUUUCGCGAAUAAAACCUAUCGUCACUGGUAUUGUCAAACCAACCCCGGCAGAAACGAAGCCGAGCAACCUAGAUGACUCGCCAACAACAUCACAAACCCCCGAGCCUCCCAAUGCCAGCGGCGGUAUUCGAUACUACUUCAAAUCGAGCGAUAUCAACCCUCUAGCCAAAGGAGAAAAUCGCAUCGAGAACCUUGCAAAGCUCCGCAAUCUAGCUCUGAGAGACCUUAUCGCACAUCCGGAGCAUUACGACGAGGAUACUACGGUCAUCUUCUCCAACGACGUGGCUUUGUGUAUGGAAGAUAUUCUAGAAAUAAUCCAUCAGCGGAAGUUCCAGGGAGCAGAUCAAACGUGUGCCAUGGAUUGGACAUACGUUGGCGACAACCCGACUUACUAUGAUGUUUGGAUCGGUCGCGGAAUGACUGGGGACCUAUUCUUCAAUAUCCCGGAAGACGGAUCAUGGGAUAACGCUUGGAAUCUCUUCUAUAAUGACCCUAAAUCACAAGCGCGCUGGUCGACCUCAAAACCAUUCCAGGUGUUUUCAUGCUGGAACGGCAUAACGGCCUUCACCGCGAAACCGCUCAUGGAGAAAAAGAUCAAGUUUCGAACGCAUAAGGAAGGCGAGUGUUUUCAAGGCGAGCCGAAGCUGUUCGCCAAGGACAUGUGGUUUAACGGUUAUGGCAAGAUUGCUGUGGUACCGAGCGUUAACGUGGAAUACUCGGACGAAGGAACAAAGAAGCUCAGGGCUUUGAAAGGAUCCACAUCCAAGAGCCAGAUCCCCAUGGCUUCAGUCGUCCAUAUCGAGCAGUAA